UCAAAUAGAAAGUGUUUGGAUUGAUGUAAGACUCAAGGACAGCAAAAUAAAGAAUUUUAGAUGCCUCUUGUAAAGUGGACAAAUUAUGCUAUUGGUAAUAAGCCUAGGUUGCCUGUCUGGGCUGCUUGCGGUGGUCCUAUUCGGCUUACUUUCCAUGUAUAUACGUUUAACUAAGAGGCAGCCAGAGAACAGAAAUAGAGAUGAUGAAGAUGGUGAUGUUUUUGGAGACUUCUGGGAGUCCCAUCCUGGGGGUACACAGCUGAUCUGCAAACCCUCUGCUCUUGCCAACUGGUUGUUGAGAGAUCUUCAACGUUUGUCACUACUGGAGUCAACCGAUUGGUGGAUGAGGAAAUGGCCUCAUAUUCAGACCAUAGUUCAGAACUUGCUGCCAGCUGACAAAGUACUGGAGGUGGCCCGGGACCAUCUGCAGCUGGCUGAUGGUGGAAUAGUUGCCUUGGACUGGGUUGUUGGACCAAGAGGAAUUUCCCAACCUAGAACAGGAUCCAAUUCAGCCAGCAGCCCACAGUUGCUCUUUAUCAUUCCAAACCUAUGUGGAAAGUUGACGAGAAACACUGAGCAACUUUGCCUUCUGGCAUUAGAAAAAGGCUUUUACCCCGUCAUUUUUAAUAGGAGAGGGCAGAAUGGCUGCCCCUUGGUUACAGUGAAGCUUCAAGCUUUUGGGGAGCCAGCAGAUCUCAAAGAGGCUGUGAGUUACGUACGCUUUAGGCAUCCAUCCUCCUUGCUGUUUGUGGUCAGUGAAGGGCUGGGAUCAGGGCUUCUGCUUUCCUACCUUGGUGAAUGUGGUUCCUCCAGCUAUAUAACAGCGGCCUCAUGCAUUUCUCCAGUUUUCCGCUGCCAGGAAUGGUUUCAGACUGGGCUGCCAUGGCUUUAUGAAGGCCUCCUGCUUCUCUACCAGAAAUUCCAUCUUAGCAGAUAUUCCACAGCCCUGAGAGAUGUUUUCUCCAUGGAGAAGGUGUUAAGCAGUAGUUCAUUACAAGAGCUUCACCAAUUACUAUUUUGCCAGUGCACAGGUGGAAAUAUUAGCUGGGAUGAAUAUUGGGAACAUAAUGACCCCCUGCGUGAUGUGGAUGAAGUUGCUGUGCCUGUCAUGUGUAUCUGUAGCACAGAUGACCCCAUUCGAGGGCCUGCUGAGAAGACACUUCCCAUUGAGCUUUUCAGGACAAACCCAUACUUUUUUUUGUCGUUGACACAUUAUGGAGGACACUGUGGUUUUCUAACAAGGUCAAAUGUACCAUGGAGCCACCAGGUUACAAUAGACUAUUUUAGAUCUGUAACAGAGUUCUUUCGUCUAGAAGAAAAAACACAUGUGUUGCCAAGAAGUCGCAGUUCUGUCAUGAUAAACCGUCGAAGGAGAGGAACACUCCAAAGACGUGAUAGGUCUGUCACUGAUCUUCAGCAAAUGUUUAGCUGGAAAAGGUCCUAUACCAGGUGACAUAGAAUAUUGAUAAUAGAAUACUGAUCUUGAAACUA